AUGAACGACAUUGAACUUGAACUCAAUAAUAUUAUACAAAGGGCUACACAAUUGUUUCAAACUAUCCAGACUGGUGCUGUAGGACCGGAUAGAGUUUCUCUACCUAUGACAACUCCAGUAUCACUAAGUCAUGCUUCAAUAACAAGUCCUAAUCAUCCUCUCAACUUGGGUGGGUCAAAAAUCCAGAAAAGACCUAUGCCAACACAAUAUACUAUUCCUAAUAAUUUGAAUACUUACGGUGGUGCAUACAAUAGUUAUCCAUAUAGAGGUAUGGCGAACAUGAACAUGGGUGCAUUCAAUCCUUAUAGUGCAUAUGGGCAACCAAUUCAAUUCCAUAAUCCGAUUGUAAUUGCAGCAGCUGAAAAUUCUCGUCCUGCUUUUGAAUCAAUACAGUCUGUUGUUCAAUCAUUUAACUCGGUCAGUAUGCUGUUAGAGUCUACAUUCACCGCAAUGCAGAUCUCUUUUCAAGCGUUAUUAGGUGUAGCUGAGAAUUUUACUCGUCUAAGAACGUUUAUGAUGAAAUUGUAUUCAACUAUUGUGUCAUUCAAAUUAGCUCGUUGGUUUUUAACUAAACUUUUUUAUCUAUUAAAAAUGGUGAGAGGAGAUAGAGGAUCGAAUACCGAAGAUGACCUGUGGACAGCUUUAUCAUCUGCAGAUAAUAACAAAGAAAUGAUUUCCUCUGAUGGACGAUCUUGGCCAUUAGUAAUUUUUACUGGACUUCUAGUUACCACACCAUAUCUUGUAUACAAAUUACUCAAUUCAGUAACACCAGAAUCUGUCCCUAGUGUCAAUAACACUCUACCUUCAAACAUGAACAUUGAUACUGCACAGUGUGAUUUAGAUCCAAAAACUAUUCCGUUAGUGAAAGGAAAGUCUUUUUUGACAUCUCAAGAAAAUAUAGCAUUAGCCAGAGAAGCUGGAUGGCUUCUUGUCGAUAACUUUGAUAGGAAACAAGGAUGUGUACCUUUAGUUGCUGUUAAGGCACGAAAAACUAAAAAUCGCUCAUAUGAUGCUCUGAUACAAGAUAUACCCAAUGUGAGUUCUUAUCCUGAACCAUCAAAUUCAAUCCAUCAACAAAAGCAACCAAAACCACCAACUCCAGUCACUGAUGUACAUGGUGACCCAAUAGCUUUGCCUCAUCCAUUGAUAGAUUGUGAUAAAUCCAACAUUAAUAAUAAGUGA